CUCUAUUCAUACACAUUUUGUGGACAAAUUUAUAAGAGUAUUAAUGGCGCAUAAAAUAAUUAUAUGUAUUAUAUAGUUAAAUAUGCAUUUUUUACAUAAAUGGAAAACUAUAAUUAUGUGUACAUAUCUAUAAGCACAGGAAAUAGUAUAAAAAAAAUUAAGUAUGGCGUUAAUCCUAUCAGCUGAUAUCUGUCUGCUGGAAUGAUGAACCAUAGUUAUUAAUUAGUUAUACAGUGUUCUCUUAAGGAUCGUAAACAUACACUCUCAAUCCAUGGCUAUUCUCAUAAAUUAAUAAAUUUACAAUAAUUCAAAGUUAUUUUAAUGACGCAAUGGUUGCUUUAGACUUUAGAUUUUUAAUGGUGAAAAUAUUUGCUAAAUACGAAUUUGAUCGUUUGCAUCAUUGACAGGUGGAAUAAAAAUAUGGAAAAAUAGACAAAAUUAUUUGUGCAAACAAAUUUUUAAGCGAUUGAAUAUUAAAGGAAUCUGCCAAAUAUUGUUAUGCAGAUUCGAUUGUAAUGAGUGACUCCGAACAACGGCAAUUACACGUGCCUUAUCGAGAAUAUCAUAGUCAGAAUAAUACUAAUACUUCUGUCUUAGUAGAAACUGACGCACUGGUAGAUCUUUCAAUCACAUCUAAUAAUUGUUUACCAAUAAACGAUUGUUCAGAACUAAUACCAGACGUUGAAUUUGUUCCCAAUCUGAGCAACGAACAAACUAUAGCCAUUGAUUCCCCUGGAAUUGACCGGGAGAGCCAGCCUCUCCUUGGUCGGCUGGAACUUGAUGUCACCUUCAAUCGCUUUCCUGAUGAUCCACAAUUUUCUGAAUUAGUAUGGCAGGCAGAAUUAGCAAUAGAUAAUGGAAUCUUUCCAGAAAGAAUAUAUCAGGGUUCUAGUGGCAGUUAUUUUGUAAAAAAUCCCACAGGGAGAAUAAUAGGUGUUUUUAAACCAAAAGAUGAAGAACCAUAUGGAAGAUUAAAUCCAAAAUGGACAAAAUGGAUGCACAAGCUUUGUUGUCCUUGUUGCUUUGGGAGAAGUUGUUUAAUUCCAAAUCAAGGAUAUCUCAGCGAGGCGGGUGCAAGUUUAGUUGACCGUAAAUUAGGUUUGGGCAUAGUACCAAACACUAGAGUAGUUAAACUUGUCAGUAAAACAUUUAACUACCCACGCUUAGACCGUCAAAAAGCCCGUAUGAAGCAAGCAAUUAUGGACCAGUUUCCAACAGUGGGAUCUCACUUCAAUCGUAUUGGUUUGCCGCCGAAAGUUGGUUCUUUUCAAGUUUUUGUAGAUGGUUACAAGGAUGCUGAUUAUUGGUUAAGGCGAUGGGAAAACGAGCCUCUAUCACCUCGACUUAGUAGAGAAUUUCAACUUCAAUUUGAACGCUUAGUUAUUUUGGACUAUAUAAUUAGGAAUACUGAUAGAAGUAAUGAAAAUUGGUUAAUUAAAUACGAUAACAGUAAGGGAAAAAAUGGAAUGGAACAAAGUGAAGUAAAAAUAGCCGCUAUAGACAAUGGUUUGGCUUUUCCUUUUAAACAUCCUGAUUCUUGGCGUGCAUAUCCUUAUCAUUGGGCAUGGUUAAGUCAAGCAAAACAACCAUUUAGCGAUGUAACACGAGAGCUUGUGUUACCACAACUCUCGGAUCAAAAUUUUGUACAAGAUCUUUGUGACGAUUUGUACCAAUUAUUUAAACAAGAUAAAGGUUUUGAUCGACAUCAUUUUGAUAAACAAAUGAGCGUAAUGCGUGGACAGAUUUUGAAUUUACAACAAGCUUUAAAAGAUGCUAAAAGUCCCGUGCAAUUGGUUCAAAUGCCUGCUGUGAUCGUUGAAAAAUAUGUUCAACCAUCACGAACAAAGUCAUUCGCCCCCGUAAGAACAUAUCAUCCGCCUUCCAAGCUAUUUGAAACUAAUACAACAUACCAUUUGUCAUAUUUAAACGUGGACGAUGCGGAGAUGCGACGCAGCCGAUCUCAACCCAUCCGACCCAAACCUGCCCUCGUCACGUCCGAUGCUCGUUUUCUCGCUGAAACGACUAAUCAAUUGAGUUACAAACUUAUCGAAGCCGUGCCUAAAACAAAACCAAUUUUACCCAAGCAUAGACCGAUGAUUGGAACUGGUCCAAUGGAUUCUAUUACAACGGUUCGUCAAGAUUAUCCCCGCAAAUAUGUAGAGAAACAAGAGCUUAUAGUGCCAUGCGGGAAUAUUCGUUUGAGCAGAGGCAAAUUGGAGGAUAGUACUACAGCGAAACUUUCUUAUAUGAAUCCAGGAUGCACUGAGCCGACGGCUAACUUUAAACCGGUAUCGGUUUAUUGUCCACCUAGCGAACCAAUUUUUGACUCUACCACGCAUAAAUUAAGUUAUCAGCCUGUUCCUAUCAAAGAAAGAGAUAUAUAUUCUUGGCAACAAAAACCAAUUUACAAACCUCCGGAUAUUGCGAUGUGUGCAAAAACAACGUAUUCUGAAAGUUACUUGAAAAACGAGGAGCCAUGCAUAGAGAAACCUAUAGUCCCCUGUCCUGCCAAUGUAUUUCCUUAUGGCGGUGAAUUUCACGAUAAAACUAUUUAUAAAGAAAGUUAUUUGGAAUCGACCAUAGAUCGCGUGGAACCGAUCAUUCCUUGCAACGCUAUCACGAAAGCCGAUGGCAAGAUAUCGGCAGACACAACGAGCAAAUUGAGUUACCAACCACUUCAAGCCGAGAAACGUUCCCCGAUAUUACCUCGAAGCAGAAAGAUGUUAGGCGAGGGCCCGAUGCGAUCCGACACUACGAGCCGUUGCGAUUUCGUGGAAAAGUCAACGCUACGACCCGAUCUUAUUGUCCCGUGCGACAAUCUUCGAAGCGCUGAUACACCGAUCGAUGAUAGAACCACGACGAAACUAUCGUACGCGAAACCAGGCCCGGUAGAAUUAGUUCAGAGUUUUAAACCUGUCAUUCAAUACAAAAGGUUCGCUGAAAAGGUUGAAUACGAUACUGUAAACAAACUAUCCUAUCAACCUUGGGCUCCCCUUCCCAAAGAAUUCAUACCUUGGGCAUCUAAGGACAAAUAUCAACGGCCUACGGAUCCAAUGUGUAGCGACACUAUUUACCAAGUUAGUUAUCCCGCGCCUGGAUACUACGAGGAUACGUGUUUACCUGAAUGCGAUUGCCUGCAUAAAGAUGAUAAUAACGCGUCGGGCGAGGAUUGUUCAAAAUAAGUAAAAAAUAUUAGCAAUCUUCCAGAUCAUGAAACUUUUGUACAACUUUUUUGUUACAAGCUUAUGUUACUUAUUUCUAUCUUA